AUGCUGUGGUACCCAGCCAUCCUGCAGGAGAGCGUCUUCAUCAGCACGGGGUACCUCGAUCGCGCCGUCGCCAGCACCGUCCCCCGGCUUGUACGGAAAAACCCUCCUCAGAAGCCCGACCAUAUUGAAGCCUUCUUCGACUUGGUCUAUCCUAUCCCCUGCUAUGGCUUCAUCCACAAGGCCACAUUCUGUCAAAGUUGGGCACAAGACACCCACAACCCUCGACUUUUGAAGGCCAUGUGUGGUACGACAGCACGCUAUCUUGCCUCGGGAGAUCAAGGGCGUCUGCAACAAGCGACUAGAUGGAUACAAGAAGCGGAAAUGCAACUCUUCAUGCGACUGAGCGAGCCCUCGCUAUCGGAUAUUGAAGCACUAAUGCUCACAACUCUGGAUCAUAUCAUGGCCCGCCGUUUCAGUAAGAUGCUGAUAUCUGCAUGUCUUGCAGCCCGGCUAGCCUACAUGAUGAGGUUGAACUAUGAAGACAGCCGCCAGGGAUUUCUGAUGCAAGAGCGCCGCAGACGUCUUAUGUGGGCUAUUUUCACACUUGACACACUUUACUCUAGUGGUAGGGCUGAGUUCACUGGAUGCUCAAAAGAGACGAUUCACCUGCAACUACCAUGCAAUGAGCGGUCGUUCACUCUGGAUAUCCCUGUUAUGACGGAGCCCUUGUCACCUCCUGAAAUACCUACUACUUCUGAUCUGGGGCUUAUGGCAUACAACAUCCGGGUCCUGGACAUCCGAGAUCGCAUCCAGAGGCUCUCUCACAAGAUAACGCACCGUCGAAAACCACUCCCGGAAUGCAUCGAGCAGUUGAAAGGACUUGCUGAUGAGCUCGACAACUUACGCCGUUCAUUGCCACAACACUAUCACUUCGACAAGAAGAACUUGUUCCUUCGCGCAUACACUCCCCAAAGAACAUCAUUCGUCAUGUUCCAUGCGUGGUGGCAUCAAUGUCAGUGCGACAUGUAUCGAUUCACCAUUCCCGGCUUCCGUGAAGGACUGCCAUUCGAAGAGCUGCAAGGCCUGUCACCAGAACUUGUCGCUUAUUGCAGAGACCGCUGCCUUGAGCACGCGCUAGCUGUGUCGGCCAUAAUGGCUACAGUAACUGAAAUGGGGAAGGACAUCUUCAUUACCGACCCGUCCCUCGCCAUGUGCGCCUUCCAUUCCGCACGCGUUAUCUCCCGCCUUGGUUCACCGGAAUUCUCACGCUUACCAAGAGCGGUAUUGUUAGCCAAGCUUCAAGCUUGCUCGGAUAUCCUAGAAACUCCCUCCGAAGUUUACCCAACGACUAAGUUGCUCCGAGGGGGUAUAGCGGAUCUGAUUCACGAUGCCGAACGGGAUUCUGGGGACUCUAGCCCGCUGAGGUCCGACUGGGACUUAGAGAAGCACCAUGAAAAUAUCGGCGAGGUUGCUUCUGCGCCGGAUAGUACCGGCAGGGGCUCACGUGAAGUGUACUCCAAAUACAGCGUGACAGAUGAGAUACGCAAGCUCAAGUUCCAGCAAGAUGGCGAAGAUAAUGUUCAGCCAUACAUGGACGACAGUCGAGAGACGAGAGAUCAGCAUGAUAUGGCCCAUCCGCAUGCCUUCGGGAUGCCCGACAUCCCCAAGCCCGACGGCGCUCAAUCCUACAUGGCAAUACAGCAAGAUAUGACAGGGAAUUCGUUUGGGUUCCCGCCUGCUGGAUUUGGAGGCAACACUGCGGCGUAUGACGUUUCCAUGACACUGGGAUUUGAGCCAAGUUAUGAUGAAUGCCAGCCAGACCUGUUCUUGGACUCAUUUAUGCCGCUUCAGACUGACUGGAAUAUGGCCGAUCCUGGAUGCUUCUGA